AUGCCUGAAAAGUUCAACUCGAAGCAUUUAUCCUACGCCUCGCAGCCGCCGCCCUUUCUCGCGGCGCUGCAGGCGCAGGCCGCCGGCCACGGCGGUCCGGACCCCAUCGCCGCCGGCCGCCGCCGGCCCGGCAAGAAGCGCUCCGACAGCGAGGAGGCCGAGGACGUGCCGCUCGUGGUGGACGAGCGCGGCAACGUGGUCGCGCUAGCGGUGGACAAGGACGGCGGCGUGGUAGCGGCGGAGCAGCAGCAUGAUGAUGUGCCGGAGAACGAGAAUGGCAAGGAUAAGAAGGAUAUCGAGGAUAGGGACAGGAAGGAGGCGGAGGUAAACGGCAACAUGUCGAUUGGCGGGCGGAAACGCAAGGCGGGUAGGGUGGUGGGCGGCGAGGAGGACGAGGAACAGGAUGGGAUGGGUGGUGUGGUGGAGGGAAGGAGUGAGAAGGGCGACAAGAAGCACAAAAUGGGGCCGAAGAAGCUGAAAAAGAAGAAGGCAAAGGUGAUCAAGCUCAGCUUUGACGAGGAUUGA